AUAUUGUAUGCAAUGUAGCUUCUUUUCCGUCUUCUUUUUGUAAAGCAAAGCUUGGUGACUGAAAAAGAGACGCUGUGGAAAGACGAGAGAGUGAGAGAGAGAGAGCGUGAGUUUAGUCACUUUUGGGGUCUUUGUGGACCAUGUUGUUCAUCGCCUCCAUUCAUGACCAUGGCUCCAAAUCUCUUUCUCCACCUCCUUCUCCUACAUCUUCUAUCUUCAGCUACGCUCUGUAUAUCCUACGAACCACGCAACCAUGAAGUGGAAGCUUUGGUCAACAUAAAAACAUGUCUGCAUGAUCCCCAUGGAGUGUUGAACAACUGGGACGGAGACUCUGUCGACCCUUGUAGCUGGGCGAUGAUUACCUGCUCUCCCGAAAACCUUGUCAUAGGCCUGGGAGCUCCUAGUCAAUCUCUCUCUGGCACUUUAUCUGGAGCCGUCGGAAAUCUCACAAAUCUUCGACAAGUAUUGCUGCAAAACAACAAUAUAUCUGGCAAAAUCCCACCGGAGCUGGGCACGCUUCCAAAACUUCAGACAUUGGAUCUCUCUAACAACCGAUUAUCGGGUGUCGUUCCAGUGUCUCUGGGCCAAUUGAAUUCUCUUCAAUACCUGAGGCUGAACAACAAUAGCUUGUCUGGGCCUUUUCCUGCAUCUUUAGCCAAAAUAUCUCGGCUUACUUUCUUGGACUUGUCUUUUAACAAUCUAAGUGGACAAGUGCCAAGAUUUCCCGCCAGGACCUUCAAUAUUGUGGGAAACCCCUUGAUUUGUGGAAGCAGCUCCACUGAAAGUUGCGUUGGAUCAACCACUCUUGUCCCUCCUUCCUUUUCUCUAGAAUCAUCACCUGGGAAACACCAGUCCAGGAAACUAGCAAUUGCACUUGGAGUCACAUUCAGUUCUAUCUUUCUCAUAUGCGUAGCACUUGGCAUAUGGUGCAGAAAAAGACAGAAAACCCAAACCAUCCUACACGUUAAUGACAACCAAGAAGGACUCAUGCGUUUGGGCAACGUAAGAAAGUUCACUUUCAAGGAGCUUCAAUCAGCAACUGACACAUUUAGCUCUAAGAACAUCCUUGGUGCUGGAGGUUUUGGGAAUGUAUACAAGGGAAAGCUAGGAGAUGGAACCAUGGUGGCAGUGAAGCGGCUGAAAGACGUGACUGGAACAACAGGGGAAUCACAGUUUCGAACAGAACUGGAAAUGAUCAGCUUGGCAGUUCACCGGAACUUGCUCCGCCUUGUUGGAUAUUGUGUGACCCCUACUGAAAGGCUUCUGGUGUAUCCUUACAUGGCUAAUGGCAGUGUGGCCUCCAGGCUUAGAGGAAAACCAGUACUUGAUUGGAAUGCAAGAAAGAGGAUUGCCAUUGGAGCAGCAAGGGGCCUCCUUUAUCUACAUGAGCAAUGUGAUCCAAAGAUAAUCCACAGAGAUGUAAAGGCUGCUAAUGUUCUUCUGGAUGAUUACUGUGAGGCAGUUGUUGGUGAUUUUGGGCUUGCAAAGCUCCUUGACCGUGAAGACUCCCAUGUUACCACUGCCGUCCGUGGCACUGUUGGACAUAUUGCACCAGAAUACCUCUCUACUGGCCAGUCAUCUGAGAAAACGGAUGUGUUUGGAUUUGGCAUUCUAUUGUUAGAGCUAAUAACUGGAAUGCGAGCUCUUGAGUUUGGCAAAACGGUUAAUCAGAAGGGAGCCAUGCUUGAGUGGGUGAAAAAAAUUCAGCAGGAGAAGAAAGUGGAAGUCUUGGUGGACAGAGAGCUGGAGAGAAACUACGACCAGAUAGAGGUGGGGGAGAUGCUGCAAGUAGCUUUGCUAUGCACUCAAUACUUGCCAGCCCACCGCCCCAGGAUGUCGGAAGUGGUCCGGAUGCUUGAAGGGGACGGCCUAGCUGAGAAGUGGGCAGCUUCACACAAUACCAAUCCAACCAGUAUGAACCACUCUCACACUAACACUAACCAAAGUAUGUCCCGCACUGCCACUGCCGCAGAACAUUAUGACAAUGGUCAUGAUCGUUCGAGCUUGUUUGGCAUGACCAUGGAUGGGGAUGAUGAUGGACAUUCUUUGGAUUCCUGUGGCAUGGAACUGUCUGGUCCAAGAUAAAAUUAAAAAAAAAAAAAAGAGGUAGCAGAAGAAAACAGGAAAAAAUUAUUUGUCUGAGUUCCUUACAAGUCAAGAAAGAUAUCUUUGAUUUGCUUUACUUUUCCAUAAACUUGUAAUGUAAAUAGUAUUACUUUUUAAGUUUUCUUUCUUCCCCCCAAGUCCAUCAUAAGAUGUUCUUCUCCCAAGUUUUUCUCAGGUUGAUGUUGACUGUUUUGACUGAAAGUUGGUAUGAGAUUUUCACUGUUUUUCCUUGGUU